AUGUCCUCGGAGUACUCAUUCUGCAGCGAAGGCGGCUUCGACGAGCUCUCAAGUUCCUCGGAUUCCGGUUUCGACGUCAGCUUCGAAUCGCCAAAGCACGAGGUUCAAUCAGACACCCUGUUUCCACCAGCCAAAGAAGGAAAACGAAAGAAAACCCGAAACACACGGUGCAAGAGUCCCACACAGGUGCUCAGGCUGAAAAGGAACCGUCGAAUAAAGGCGAAUGAUCGAGAGCGGCACAGGAUGCACACAUUGAACGACGCGUUGGAACGUCUCCGGAUGGCGUUGCCGACCUUUCCGGAAGACACGAAGCUCACGAAAAUCGAAACCCUCCGUUUCGCCCACAACUAUAUUUGGGCACUGUCACAGACAUUGGGGAAUUCCGAAGCAGGCGAGAUCACAGUGAACGUGGGUAACGUGACGGUCAGUAUCAGUGAGAAUGGAAACAUGAUCACCUCCUCGACCGGAAGCUGUGCUGUAGCCGCGCAGAAGCGGCUUGGACCGUCGCAUACUGUCUUUCCUUAUCCUCAGGAAAGAUUCGUGCCCGAAUGGCAGGAGUACGAUUGCUAUAGCGAUCAGAGUGUUAGUCCACCGAUGCAGUAUCAGCAGUGUUAUGAUCAGAGGAUGUAUCAUGCGCAGCAUCAACUUCCUGCGCCGCAUCAUAUGGGACAUAAUAAUAUGUAUCAGUGUCUUUAG